AUGUCAGGAUCUGCUCCUUCAUAUUUUCUGCUUAUACUUUUUGGCCCAUACAUUGUCUUUGCUGGUGCUGUUUGGACUUUACACCCUGCUGUACAGAUCCUUUCCAGCCCUCUUGUAUUCAACUAUUAUUCUACUAAUACUGAUAAUCAGAUCUUCAGUGGACAUCACAUGGCUGCAUUCUGCAAAGCUGUGAAAUUCCUCCAGAGGUAUUAUGAAAUAUUCCCUCCUCAAUCUGAACUUGCUAACAUCCUACAUCACUCUACAGUUUUUCCUCAUUCCACAAGCUUCAUAUUACAGUAA